GUACACAACGGCCAUGCCUCUCGAGCUACCCUCGUUCCCUCCUGCUCAGCAGCCUCAGAUCAUCCGCUCGCAUCAACGCGACUUCUUCCAGGUCUCGGCGUUGCGAGAGCAAGCGGAUGGUGUGCUGAGAGCUUGGUUGGGCACGAGAUGGCUGUCUCGGUGGGACAAAGAGUUCGAGUUAUGUACCAAGCUGCUGUACCUUGGAUUGACGGUCGGGCGCGCUACCCAGACACUCGGAGAAGAAUACACUGACAUAUGGAUACAUCCCACGCAUUCUGGAGGUGUGCCAGCCUGGCGUGCCAGAGCUGCUCUUGUCCUCUUGCCGACGCUGCCCUCCUAUAUGCUUUCAAGAUGGGGUUCGCACCUACCGCCGACGUCUAAGUUGACUUCGCUCGUGCGCAGACUACCAGCGCUGCUGGAGAUAUUGUCCGAAGUCAACCUGGCCGUCUUCUACUUCCGAGGCACAUACUAUGAUCUAGUCAAGAGGAUGCUCGGGAUCCGCUAUAUUUCCGCUACUCCUCAUGACCCAAACACGAGGCCGCCUUCAUACUCGCUCCUAGGUGUUCUUCUGGUUGUCAGGCUGAUACACCGUCUUGUCAGCUUUAUCCGGUCGUCUGCCAAGGCAGACGCAGGAGGCUCUGUGGAAUUGAAGGGGAAACGACCAGUUGAUGACCACGAGGAGAUCUACAUUGAUGACCGGCCUGUAUCCAUCAUGAUAGGCCGCGCUAACUCGGACGAGACACUUCAAUUGACCACUGAAGAGGACGAGCGGACGGUCCUUGACUUCUCCCAGAUACCGCCUGUUGCACGGGGAAGUCGGAAUUGCUCACUUUGUCUGGACGAACGGACAGCGACGACGUCUACGGAAUGCGGGCAUCUGUUCUGCUGGGAUUGCAUCGUAGGCUGGGGCAGGGAGAAGGCCGAGUGUCCCCUCUGUCGCCAGUCCCUGAAGUUGACGUCUUUGCUCCCUAUCUACAACUUGUAGCAUCG